GGAGGAUGCGGGCGGGCGGCGGGGCGGCCCGGGGGGCCAUGGCGCUGGAGCUGCUCCGCCGCUGCCUCCUGCUGGGCCCGCUGGGGCUGCGCCCGGCCGGCGGACAGGACGGGGACGGCUGUGGCCACACGCUGCUGACACCCCAGAGUGGCACCCUCAGCUCCAAGAACUACCCGGGCACUUACCCCAACCACACGGCCUGUCGCUGGCACCUGCAGACCCCCCCGGGGACAUCCCUCCUCCUGGCCUUUGGGGACAUCGACCUGGAGCCCUCGGAGAGCUGCACACGCAGCUCCCUGCUGCUGGCUGACCCCCGGGCUGGCACUGCCUAUGGACCCUACUGCAGGAACACCGUCCCCACCACCCCGCUCCUGGGGACAAACUCCAGCACUAUGACCGUCCUGUUCAACAGCACCAGCCACCGCUCGGGACGAGGCCUCCUCCUCUCCUAUGCCACCUCGGAGCACCCAGACCUGGUCUCCUGCCUGGUUCGAGGCACCCACUACACCCAGGAGCACGUCAGCGUGUACUGCCCCGCGGGCUGCAAGGACAUCGAUGGGGACAUCUGGGGUAACCCCAGCCAGGGCUACCGGGAUACCUCAGUGCUGUGCAAGGCGGCCGUGCACGCCGGGGUGAUCGCUGACGAGCUGGGGGGACAGGUCACCCUGUCCCGGGAGAAGGGGAUCACGCUCUACGAGUCGGCCUUUGCCAACGGGCUCCACUCCAAAAGGGGAUCCCUCUCGGAGAAGCGGCUCAUUUUCCACAAAGCCUGUGGCGACGUGCUGGAGGUGGCCACCUUCAACGCCUCGUCCUGGUGGCACGAGGUGGAUGCUCUGGGCCAGGACCGAGCCUGGCUGGCCCAACGGGCCUCGCUUGGCACCGCCGGCCACUCCUGGGCUGCUGAACCUGGAUCCCAGGCUGCCUGGUUGGAGCUGGACCUGGGCACCCGCAGGAAUGUCACGGGCAUCAUCACCAAGGGCUCCUCAGAGCAGCACGACUACUACGUGACGUCCUACCGGGUCUCCUCCAGCCGUGACGGGAAGAACUGGAGACCCUACAGAGGCAGCGGUGGCCAGGAGGACAAGGUCUUUGCAGGCAAUGCCGACAGCCUCGGGGAGGUCUCCAACGCCUUCUUCCCCCCCAUCGUCGCCCGUUACGUCCGUGUCACCCCCCAGAGCUGGCACCAGCAGGUGGCCUUGAAGGUGGCCCUGGUGGGCUGCCAGUUGGCACGGGUCCGGGCACCCCGGCCCUACGUGCCCAGUGUCCCCAAGGAGGUCCCUGUCCCCACCAGCCACCCCACCAGCCACACGCUCAUCCCUGGCGUCGCCCUGGACCCGGAGAAGGCAGGCUCCACGUUGCUGGUGAUGCUGCUCAUCGGUGGCUUCGUGCUCUUCUGCUCCAUCCUCCUGCUGCUGGUUUUCCUCUGCCGCAGGAAGAGGAAGCCAGCAGCAGAGCUGAACUGUGGGAUCACAAAAGGGUACCCCAAAGUGCAGUCCAGCCCAGUGUGCUCCCUGCAGAGCCUGCCACCCCCCGGCUCCACGCUGGCCUCCUUCCCCUCGGCAGCCACACCAGGGGAGCUCAGCCUGACCCUUUCACCAGAGUACGCCGAGCCAGACCUGCUGCAGCUGAGCCCCAGCAGCCAGACGGGCCCCUCCACCUUCAAACCCUUCCCAGACGAGGGGUACACGUUGCCACUGGUCACGAGCCACUACGACGUGCCGGGGAGAUACCACGAGUACGCGGAGCCGCUGCCGCCCGAGCCCGAAUACGCCACCCCCUUCAGCGAGCCCGAGCCCCCCGGCCCCCGCCGCAGCCCCGCUGGGGUCCCCGGGCUCCCCAGCACCCCGCUGGGCUACGAUGCACCCACCCUCAGGCCUGGGGAGCUGCCCACCCGGGAAGCCCCUCCCUGGGGGCCCGGCGGGGAGAGGACUGCCAGCCCCCCCGGGGAUGUCCCCUCUCCCGAGGGGUCCCGCUUGCAGCUGGGGGACUGUUCCCUCUCACACGUCUACCACGAAGCCCUGUGAGGAGGGGGAGCCCGGCUGCCCAGGGGGAAAGCUGCUCUUCAGGUGUGAGCCUGCCCCAGAAGAUCUUUUUUUUAAGAACAAUCCUAUUUAAAUACAUAUAUAUAUAUAU